UGAAAAAUAUAUAAUAUGCACUCUUAAAAAUCCGGUAAUAAAUUCUUAAUACCGCGUAUUACGCCUGUGUGGUAAGAUUAGGUGUCAAUGGAUGGUAUGUAUGGUAACAUUCUAUUACCAUUCAUUUCUUCCACCAAGUGGUAGCAAAGACUACCAGCCUGGUUAAGUUGGGUGGCAAGGCAGUCUCAUGUUAAAAUUGGGUUGUUACUGUGCAGUAAUAGUAUAUAAUUUAUAUAAUUUACCGGCACGGUUGAGUAAUAUGUUGAGUAAUACAUGUUUACCGCGUGGUAAUAAAAUUUUUUAGAGUGUAGCAAUAAAUCCGCACCUCGUAACGGUCCCUUUUUAACUACAAAAUUGUUGAAAUAAUGUCCAAAUUACCAAAUUCUUUGACGUAGUUGGUUCAAGUAGAGAAAUUUGAAUUUGAACGAAAAUAUAGCUAAUUUAACUACAAAUUGUAGUCAUUCUCUGAUUUAUGAAAGAUCUGCUACAUACUAACUUUAGGCACAUUGCUGUGAAGACUAUUUAACGACAUGGAGCGACCUUCGCGUCGUGGCGGGCGCACACGUGGCGGCAAAUGCUAGUGAACCCAAUCAACAAAGGAGAUCCGUUAAUCGUCCCCGAAUUUAUUAAGGAUACGAUCCAUAUUACAAAACUAAUGAUGCAUGCAUUUUAACGGUUACGGAACCCCUCGAACUGAACUUCGCGGUCAAAGCAAUGCCCCUCUGCGAGGUGGAGCCUGCGCCUGGCACCGUUUGUACGGCGACUGGAUGGGGGCGCACAAACCCUGACAAUGAUAGGUGGAAAGGUCCCCUUCAAAAACUGGAUAUGACCAUAGUUUCCCGCCAGGUUUGCGAAAGAUCGUACGGACCUCUAGAUGAAGAUGUUAUCUGCGCGGGAGGAGUUUUUGGCCAAGACGUUUGCUUCGGCGAUUCCGGUGGUCCCCUAGUUUGUGAGACUGGUUCUUCAAAAUGUCUCGCGGGUGUGACUUCUUACGGAAGUAGUUUGGGCUGCGCGUUGGGAAUACCUGCCGGAUUUACGAAUGUCGCCUGGUUCUACAAAUUCUUCACGAAUGACGGAUAAUUCACACAUGUCGUGUUAAUAAACAUUCUUAAAACUAUAAAUAAUAAAUAAAGUUAUGGAGAUUAUGUA